UGAGCCGACAUUUCGUGCAGAAGAAGCCUGCAGCUGCAAAAAGGGGAGAAGAAAAGACUUCGGUUUAAGAGUCAAAUCUCUGUAUGCUAAUUGACAAAUUUCUCGGUUUCAUUGUCGAGCAGAAAUCCUGUUACUCAGUGAAACUAUACACACUGCUUAGUUGCACUGGUUGUAGGGCUGUUGUUUAGCAGUCAGUAUGGCGGUAGUCAUCAGGCUGCAGGGUCUGCCUAUAGUGGCCGGCACCAUGGACAUCAGACACUUCUUCUCUGGCCUCACCAUUCCCGACGGUGGCGUACACAUCGUUGGGGGUGAACAUGGUGAAGCCUUCAUUGUGUUUGCCACUGAUGAGGAUGCUCGACAAGGCAUGAUGCGAACGGGUGGGUCCAUCAAAGGCUCCAAAGUGUCACUGUUGCUUAGUAGCAAGACAGAAAUGCAGAACAUGAUUGAACUUAGCCGCCGUAGAUUUGAAGCUGGAGCAGGAGCUGUAGAUAUAGCUGCACCCACACCAGGAAAUGUUAACCGACAAGCAAGUGCAGCCUCCAUCCCCCCUGUGCAGUCAGGGGCAGGAGGACGAUCUGGUAGCCAUGGAAAUCAGGGUUUCAGUAACACCCCAACCUCAGUUGCAGCAGGAAGCUCAUCUCAAGAACAACCAAGCAGCAAAGCAGCAGCCACCUGCCAGCCACCUGUGGUGCCAAGUUUUCCUAAUAGCUACAGCUCAACCCCUACAAUCACCACAGUUCUGACAUCACUUAGUGCAGGUCCCCCACCUAUCGCUGCACUUUCUAACAUGCCUUCCGUUCCCUCUAUGCCCACUAUGCCCACAAUUCCAGUUCCUCCUCCCGUUUCUACCCUCCCCCCUGUUCCUUCUGUUACUCCAUUAUCCCAGGGACCGCCAAUGCCCCCUAUGUCUCAUCUUCCUCAUAUGUCCUCCCUACCUCCCUUUAAUCCCUCCCUUCCUCCACCAACAGGAUUGAGCUCAGGCCUCCCUCUUGGUACCCCCAACCCCAUGCUCUUUAACCCUCUUAAUCCUCUGGCCUCACUUGGCCUUCAGGCUCAUAUGAAAGUUGCAGCUGCAGCAGCCACUGGAGUAGGAGGACCCAAUCCUGAUGAAUUUUAUGUUGUCCUACAAAAUCUUCAUUUCUCCUGCUCAGAGAUGGAAGUCAGGGAUUUUUUUCGGGGUCUUGGGGUGGAUGCAGUUCGCCUGCAGAGGGAUGGGCAUGGUCGGCCAAAUGGCAGGGCUAUGGUUAAGUUCUUCUCACCCCAGGACAGUUUUGAGGCUUUAAGGCUAGGUGGUGGCAUGAUGGGCCAAAGAUUCAUUGAGCUCACCCCAGGCUCUGAGCAACUGUGGGCCAACCUCAGUGACGGUGGGAUAGGUCUUGCUCCUCACAUUGGUAACAAAUCAAGUAACAGCAAUGAGUUACACAAUCAGCAGCACCGCCGCAUUAAUGCUGGGGCAGGAGGCAGAGACAGAGACAGAUCACCUCAUAGGCAGGAGUUUUGUAUCUAUCUGAAGGGUCUCCCUUAUGAAGCCAACAAAAGACAAAUUAAGGAAUUCUUUAAGAAUUUGGUCAUUGUGGAAGAUAGCAUCUACAUUGCCUAUGGUCCAAAUGGACGCACAACAGGAGAGGGUUUCCUAGAGUUCAAAUCUGAAGAGGAAUACAAGAUUGCUCUUGCUUCUCACAUGCAGUACAUGGGAUCUCGCUUCAUCCAGGUUCAUCCAAUCAGCCGAAACGCAAUGCUUGAAAAGAUUGAUUCUAUCCGCAAACGUGAAGGAACACAGGGUGACAGCAAGAGCCAUGAUGGCUUGAAAACCCCUAGGAAUUGUGCUCACAUUUCAAAUCUCCCUUACAGCAUCUCCAAGAAGGAUGUCCGUGCCUUCCUUGAAGGUGUGGGAAUCUAUGAAGACACUCUGACAGUCCUGACCGAUAGCCACGGACAUGGUUUAGGACAAGCCAUCUUCCAGUUGCGAACCGAAGAAGAUGCCCACAAAGCUGAAAGGCUGCACCGGCAAAAGCUUAAUGGCCGUGAUGCCUUUGUCCAUUUGAUAACUUUUGAUCAGAUGAAGGUAAUUGAAAGAAAUCCUCCACCUCAAAACAAAAGAGGCCAACGCAACCAGAAUCAACAUAAUCAAAACCACAACCAGCACCAUCAAGCACAACCCAAUCCCAUUCCCAAUCCCAUUCCCAAUCCCAGUUCCAAUCCCCAUCCCCAUCCCCAGCAGCCCCAGAUAAACCCUUUUGUUGGAAUUAGUGGCGAGGAGUUUAAUUUCCUUAGAAACACCAUGGGGAACCUCAGCAGUGGCCCCUUUGCGACGCCAUUCUCUGCCCCUGGAAAUGGACUGGCAGGCCCUCCUCCUCUCCCUCCAAUGCCUGCCAGGCUAGGGGAAAUGAAUUUAGGUGUUACUCCUCCUAUAGUUUCAGGAAUUCCUGGAGCACAAAUCUUGGAGCCGCCUGGCUUUCGACCCGGACCUGGUGGAGGACCUGGAGGACCUCCAUUUGGCCAAGAUGCACUUAGAGGCAUUGUACCUUUUGACAACACCAACAGAAAAGGAAAUGCAGGAGGACAGAACCGAGGAGGAGGCCCUAACAACAGCCAGGGGCGCCCAACUGGUGGAGAGCAGGUGUUCACGCCAGGCACCGAAGGCCUCUGCAACCAGCCAGUUCCAGGAGGAUCUAGCAAUCCCAACAGUCAACAUUGUGCUCCUGGCCCAACAGUUGUCAAACUUCAGAACAUGCCCUUCACUGUUUCCGUGGAUGAGAUUAUGGACUUUUUCUAUGGCUACCAGGUGUUGCCAGGCUCAGUCUGCUUACAGUUCAAUGAGAAAGGUUUGCCGACAGGUGAGGCCAUGGUUGCUUUCCAGAACCACGAAGAGGCCACAGCGGCAGUCAUGGAACUCAAUGACAGACCUAUUGGGUCACGCAAGGUCAAAAUAAGCUUGGGUUAAGGCUCCACCUAAAGCAAAGUGACUGUAUAUAUGACUUUAUAUUUGCUUGAAUCAGUAGUCCUGGUGAAACAAAGCCAGAUUUAACCAUAUCUGAUUCUGAAAUAAACCCAACUGCCCAGUGUUCAUACAGUGACUGUCAGAUAUUGCACCCCC